UCAGGCCGGCGCAGGUGCAGUCCUGAGCAGUGCUGCAGGGAGGCGCUGAGCCUCGGAGUUGUUGCGGCAGCUACUGCCUUAAGCCCCUUCCAGGCCGCAGGAAUCCCAGAUGGAGGAACUGGGACUCUUAGAAGGGAAGAGACUUACCCAAGUGGGGCCCAGGAGCUGCCAAUGGAAAAGGGAGAAGAGCCUCUGGACCCUGAGAAAGAGUUGUUUGACCAGCUGUGGUACCAUGGAGAACUGUCCCAAAAGGAAGCAGAGGCCCUGCUGCUGACGGACGGGGACUUCCUGGCAUGGGCCUCCACUUCCACCUCAGUCUUGGGCUCGGGCCCCUUGAUGCUGUCCUGCUGCCGGGGUGGCCGACCCCUCCACUUUGAGGUGGUGCGUAUUCAGCUGCGCCCACGCCCUGGCAGGCCUCAUGCCCUCUUCCAGCUGGAGGAUGAGCGCUUCCCCAGCCUGCCCGCCCUAGUGAAUUGUUACGUGACUACGCAGCGCCCGUUGUCCCAGGCCUCAGGGGCUGUGGCUUCUCACCCCGUAGCCCGGUGUGGACCUCCGCGUCCUACGACCUUUGGCAAACCCUACCACCAUCGGCGGAGCCUGAGUGGGGAUGACUGCAGUAAUGGUGUUCACCCGGUCCAUAAAGGGCUGCUCAGGUCCAAGGAGCUCAGUGGUAGCCAGCCAGCCAGCCUAGACAUCCUGGGCCACAAGGGAGGCCCCAAGGGUAGCAAAGGACCAGGUUCCCCAGAUGACCCCCAGAUGGCCAAAGUGAUACCUCCUGCUUCCCCCCUUUUUCGAACUGGCAGUGACCCCAUAUUGCGUAGGGCGCAACUCGGCAUGGGCAUCCCACUAUGGGGUUCAGACGGGCAACUGCAUCCCAAGGUGCCACCCAAACCUCCACGAGCACCUUCUGUAAUGUUGCCACCCACCUCCUGUGAACUGAUGCCCCAGGAGAUCGUCCAAGGGAAGGAAAGGCAUGGGGAAGAAGCUGGGACCGGGGAGGAGGCCGGGCCUGGACCCAGAGACAGACAGGAGAUGGAGUACAAGACAGAGGCCUUGCCUGGGGAAGAAGCUGUACAAAGAGAUGAGCAGAAGAACCUCCAUGGACACCAGGCCCACCUCAGCAACCAAGAAGGUCCACAGGAGACCCCUUGGUGGGAAGAGGGGGAGCAAGAAGAGGCUGAAGAUUUUGUGAGGCCCCAAGGAGGAAUUCCUCCUGCCCUCCAGCCCCAAGCCUUCUCUUCCUGCUUGCUGGGCCCUGAGAACCGGCCCUUGGAGCCCAGCGCCCUGAGGACCCUUCGUGCCCUGUUUCUGCAGCAUGAUGUGGGCACUGUAGCCCGACACCUGCUUCUCACCAACUGCCAGGCAGCCCAGGUCCUGGGUGUGACUCAAACUCAGCGCCAGGCAAUGGGCGUCCACUCAGGUCUGGAGCUCCUCACAUUGCCUCAUGGUCACCAACUUCGGCUUAACCUAUUGGAGAGGCACGAGGCCUUGGCCCUGGCCGCGGCCAUAGCUGUGGUGGGAUGCUCAGGGCCGGUGGCAGAAAGGGUGGCCACCUUGCUUGGCCUCAUCCAGCUGGCACUAGCCCUUCGGGCUCCCGGGGGUACAGGAGAUCUGUUCGCUCUUUCUUCAGUAAUGACUGCCUUGCAGCUGCCCCAGAUCACACGGCUAGAACAGACGUGGCGUCUCCUCCGGCAGAACCACACAGAGGCUGCGCUGGCCUUCGAGAAGGAGCUAAAGCCCUUUGUCCGAGCCCUGGAUGAAGGAGCUGGAAUUGGCCAGCCAGGGGAGGUGGCCCUGCCUCACAUAGUGCCCGUGGCCCAGCUGCUGGAGGGAGUCCAGCUAUGGGGGUCUGACGAGGAGAGCUGUGAACGGCUACUUUGGACGCUGCAGGGAGCCCGAACCAUGGCCAACAAUGCCUCCCACUACUGUGAGGCAGCCAGGGCCAGACUAAAGGGUUUCCAGCCCACCCCAGAACUGUGCGAAGCCUUCCAGACUGAGUUUGCCCUGAGGCUCCUCUGGGGCAGCCGGGGUGCCGGAGCUGGACAGGCUGAACGUCACAAGAAGUUUCACCUUGUCCUCAGUGCCCUCUCCAGGAGGCUGGAGCCUGAGGGCUGAGGUCGCCUGAGCAGUAAAGAUUCAUCUUAGCUGGCCAGGACUCCCCACAGUCCUCUGGCCCCGAGCCUCCUAGGGGCCUGGCUCUCAGGCACAGCAGUGUUUGCAUCCGUUCCCCAGGCUGACUGCUACCAAGCCCAGCUCCAACCUUGCCCCACUGCACCCACACCUAGAGAAGUGAGACCCUCUAGAGCAAGGGGGAGGCAGGUACAGCUGAGCCCUCAAACCCAGUUUCUCUUCCUCCUCUCCUUUGCUGGGACCAGGAAGUGCUGCUGGCCUCUCUCUUCUCCUGCCCUUCUAGAACCCAGAAGGCUUCCAGGGAAAAGGAACUCACUACCUCACAGAAGCUGUUUCUCCCAGCAAGCUGAAAUCUGCUGCUUUGGAACAUCCUCCCACCCCUCCGAGCUCUUCACUCGAGCAAAUCUAGUGUUUCUUCCACAGUGGGAAUGGGCCAUGGCUAGGAAGCCCACCCCCCUCCUCCUGUCCCCUCUUAGAUAAGCUCCUUUAUGCAGAGAAGGAAGGUGGGAAGUCGCCAUAGCCCUUUGCACAAGUCAUAGGGCUCAGAUCAGUAGAGAAGCUGGCUGGCUCUCCCCAGAAGGCCCAGGCUUAGAUGGAGAGCAUGAAGCUACAUUCCAGUGCCACAGAUUCAUUGGCUAGGCAGCUGGGAGGUGCCCACCUCCCACUGUUCUUCACACUAUUCUGUAGUGCUUCUCCAACAAGUGGGUGAGGUCCCUGGGCAAGGGCACAGCAGGCUAGGGGAAGAGUCCAGUGACAUAGGCCGCCCACCGAGUCCUAAAUAAAGCUCCAAGUCAGGGGCUGCACACAGUUCAUUUA